AAACACGGUCGAAAUCUUUGACGUCACUCUGCUCCUAAAUUCUUUCAGGUGCCCUACCGGUCGUCGUAGAGUCGGUGCGCAAGUCGGCUGCUGUUAAAACGAACAACCGAACGUGGUAUACCCGUGAAUUUCGUUAAACGACUGUAAAUAGAUUCUCCUACAUACAUUGGUGGAAAUAAAUGAAGUGGCUUGGUGGAGGGGUCUCAAACGGAAUGCUGCCCCGCAAUAAUGGGCAGGCUGCAUCAUCCCAUCAGCUGAUACGUCUGCAGUUUCCUGGAGAGGGGAUUAGACCUCAGCCUGCACGCUCUCAAGAUGAUGCUACUGUAGGCUACUUAUUCCAAAGACCGCAGAGCGAUACCGACUUCCCCACACCCUAUGGCAAACUACAGGGACGCUGGGCUCUUGGCGAUGAAAGUAUUAUGGAAUCGCCUGCAUCUGAUUCCCUAGUAUUCGUAAACAAUCUAUCAAUAUCACCCCAGCACAUGGGAUUGGCUCUUGUGCAACACACACAGAUGGAUCCCCUCGCUCAAUCAUCAAGAAACGGACAGAUCGCGCCGUCCGCCAAGAAACUGUGGGGCGUCGAGGAGCAAAAAGAUGACACGAAAGGAAUUCUGAACCUGAACGACCACCAGAUGUGGCGGGACCCCACGUGGAGUACCACAGCCGACCAUGCCGUCUCCCAGCCCAUCACGAUGGUCCCCAGGCGGUCGGGCAGCUUCCCCGGCAACGAGGCGGCCAACAACAUCUUGUCCCCGCGGUCCGAAACGGGCGGCCUCGGCGUCAAGAUGGUCGAAUACGUCCUGGGCACUUCACCCACCAGCAAGGACCUGGACGGCAGAAUGCGAGGCUUAGUCAUGAACUCCGCCGACUCGGAUAAGAAAGAUAAGGAAAAAGCACCCAACUCCCCGUAUGAUUCAAACAAGAAAGACAUGGAGAACGGCAACGCCGUGAACGUGCAGGCGAACGGCAUUGUACAAAACGGUCUCUGUGACGACGACAAGGGAUUCAACCGGACCCCUGGCAGUCGUCAGCCUUCGCCGUCCGACGAGGACAUUAACAAGAAUAACGGUGGCAUGGUUGGCGGGGGCGGCGGCGUGCCUGUCAUGAAGGGCCACCCCCAGGAGAACCACAACGGAGCCGAGAACCACAUGAACCACACUCUGCAGCAACUGAACCACCACCAUCAGAUGAACCAGCACCACCAGAUGAACCAGCACCACCACCACCCCCUCAACGCCGUGCAGCAGCACCUUACUGUAAAUAUGGGGCUGCAGCAACAGCAGCAGGCCCAGCACCAGCAGGCCCAGCACCAACAAGCCCAGCACCAACAGGCCCAACACCAGCAAGCGCAGCAGCAGGCUCAGCAACAAGCACAACAGCAGCAGCAGCAGCAACAACAGCAGGCGCAGCAGAUGCACAACCACCUCAACAUGGAGAGCAUGAGCCAGCACUUCGAGCACGUCAUGACGCUGGACCCGUCGCAGACCAUGGCGCAGGCCUUCGAAGCCGGGUACCACCCUGGACCCGGCCCCGCGGCCACGGGCCCCCCAGGGGCCAUGCUGGCGCAGCAACAGCAGCCGACGGCGGGCGGACCCGGAGCGCAGGGCAUGGACUCCCCGGGAGUGCUGCCACCCAACUUCGACAUCCAGCAACUGUUCCGCAGCCAGCAGCAGCAACAGCAGCAGACCGCCCCCCAGCAGAUCCAGCUUCUGCAGCAGCAGCAGUACCUGGCGACGCAGCAGCAGCAGCAGCUGGGCAUCGCUGCACCGGCCGCCACCUUCACGAGCGCCCCCUACCUCAUCAACGCCCAGGAGCCCUAUGUGGGCACCCUCAUUGCCGGUCCCACCGUCGUCCCCCAGUACUAUGGCAUGGGGCCGUGGGUCUACCCCGCCAACAUCAUCCAGCAGGGAGCUGCGGGCGCGCCUCAAAGGCGGCCGCUCACGCCCUCCUCGACCACCGAGCUUAACAACAGCACCACCAACCUCACUCAGGUCCAGGGCCAGUACCAGGUCAUCCCCGCGUACUACGACCAGAAUGGUUCCAUAGUGAUGGGUAACGUCCGAGGCAUCGGCAACGGCACCCCCAUGAGACUCGUCUCUCCCGCACCUGUGAUAGUCAACGCCGGCACCCCCGGCGGCAACAUGCGACUCCUGGGCAGCCAGCCCCAGCAGAUCGCCACCCCACCCGCUGCCUCCUCCAUCUACAGCAGCAACCAGCCCGGCUCGCUGUACUCCAGUUCCAACGGCACCGCUCUCGGAGGUGGAGGGUUCGCUUCGCCGUCUGCCUCUCACGGUUUUGGCAGCAGCAACUUGGGCACUAUUGGAUCGCCCGCAAGCCUGUCCUCUCUUGGAGCAGGAGUGGACGUGUCAGGCACUGGCCUUGGUCUGGGCACAGGCAGCUCAGGCAGGCGAGACUCAUUUGACCGCAACACAUCCGCAUUCUCGCCAUCACUUGAGUACAACAGGGGGAAAUGGCCGCAGAGCUAUGGUGCAUUAGGAACAGUAACAGCAUCUCCCAGUCCCUUAGGACUGACCUCCGGGUCAUUAACUCCUCCUCCACCAUCUCUAUCAGCCAUGGGCAGUUCGUCCAACUUGGCCUUAGGAACACUAAUGGGAGGAGCUGUCAAUCAUCGUAGUAGCUUGUUAUCAGCUGCUCCUGGCGCUGAGGCAGCCAAGUUUAGAAAUGGAGGUCCUCACAUGGUAGGACUCACAGCCAAUGGCAUGUUUGGAUCAAGCUCAUCAUUGUUCAGCAAAUUUGGAGCAACUAAUGCUAGAGGAACAGUAGGAUCUGGUUUGGAGAAGCCCCCAGGAAGAAGUCGUCUCCUUGAAGAUUUCAGAAAUAACCGGUUUCCCAGCUUGGGUUUACGAGAUUUGGCAAAUCACAUUGUUGAAUUCUCUCAAGAUCAGCAUGGGUCACGUUUUAUCCAACAAAAGCUUGAAAGGGCAUCUGUUGCAGAAAAGCAAGUGGUGUUCAAUGAAAUUCUUUCAGCUGCUUACAAUUUAAUGACUGAUGUGUUUGGCAACUAUGUCAUUCAAAAGUUCUUCGAAUUUGGAACACCUGAUCAGAAAACAACCUUGGCUCAAAAGGUUCGAGGUCAUGUCCUGCCACUGGCUCUCCAGAUGUAUGGUUGCCGAGUUAUUCAGAAGGCACUAGAGUCAAUCUCUCCUGAACAGCAACAGGAAAUUGUAAAUGAGCUUGAUGGUCAUAUUCUUAAGUGUGUGAAAGACCAGAAUGGAAACCAUGUUGUGCAGAAAUGCAUAGAAUGUGUGGAGCCACAUGCGCUUCAGUUCAUUAUCAAUGCUUUCCAAGGACAAGUUUAUGCUCUCUCAACUCACCCAUAUGGAUGCCGGGUGAUUCAACGCAUCCUUGAGCAUUGUACUUUAGAGCAAACAUCACCUAUUCUGGAAGAGCUCCAUAGCCAGACUGAACAGUUGAUCCAAGAUCAAUAUGGAAACUAUGUCAUUCAACAUGUGCUUGAGCAUGGCAAGCCGGAGGACAAAUCUCAAAUCAUCACCUCUGUUAGAGGGAAAGUGCUAGUGCUGUCCCAGCACAAAUUUGCAUCAAAUGUGGUGGAAAAAUGCGUUACUCAUGCGACACGUGCUGAAAGGGCAUUUCUCAUAGAAGAAGUUUGCAGUUUUAACGACAAUGCAUUGCACGUGAUGAUGAAAGAUCAGUAUGCUAAUUAUGUGGUUCAGAAGAUGAUUGAUGUGUCGGAACCUGCUCAGAGGAAGGUUUUGAUGCACAAAAUCAGGCCGCAUCUAAACUCUCUGAGGAAAUACACUUAUGGGAAGCACAUCAUCGCUAAACUUGAAAAAUACUUCAUGAAGACAGCAAAUGCUGUGAAUGUGGUUGGGGGUGUCGGUGUUGUGGGGAGUGAUCUUGGGCCUAUAGGACCUCCUCCCAGUAACGGAAUGUAAUUUGAGGUUCUGAGAAAUGACUCCAAUGGGGUUGGUGAAAGCUUCUGCUCUCACUAUUAUUUAGCCUUGGUGUAGCUUUGCAUGCAUCAGAUAAUGUAGUGCAAAGUUAUGAUGUGGGUAUAAGGAGGAGAUUAAACCUCUAUUAUGUGUGCUUUUUUUCACAUUCAUUUAUUUUGUGUGACCUGUGGAGAUGGUAGUUUCCCUGUGAGUAAGUAAUUACUUUUAGUAUUUUAACUCUGUGGAGACCGAUUGUGCUUUUCUUUCCAUUGAGUAUGGUAAAGUGACUUUUGCAGAAUUGAUAUCUGAUUGGAUUGUGGACCAAGAGCAGACAGGACAGCCCAUUAGGGCACUACUAUUGUAUACCUGUGUACAUUAGGGGCAAGCUGAUCAUAUUUAUUUUAAAUUAUUUUACUUUUUUCAUGUAGUCCAUAGAGAGCUGUACAGAAACUUCCAUUGACCUUUGGGGCUGUGUUAUCCUUUUGCAACAUCCUGUCUGCAAUUCAUGUACAAGUCCUGAAAGGAUUUUUGACAUGCUGGAUAAUUGAAAUUAAUUCCUCUGAAGUUGUGAUAUACACUCAGGUAGUACCUGGAGGCUGAAACAUUUGCGCUAAUUAUUUCCAAACCAGUAUGUACUUUUCACUUGUGCCUCUUAUUCAUGAGGUCUCCAUGACACUACCCGUUUUGGGGCUGCCUUAACAAAAUGAAACCUGUAGAUGUUGGCCGAAACAAAAACUGUUUAGAAUCAGGGUACCAAGUAUUUCAGUCAUGACUGUUCUCUAAGACGCACUCUAUAUGAAUCUUGAAAUAGCCAACACAGCAAGAACUGUAGUGUGUAGUGUACCUUAAUAUCAAAAAAGGACCAAUGUAGACUAUAAACCAACAGUAAUUGUCAACUCAUAGUCUCAAUAUAUUUCGGCUUUUCCCAUUUACCUUUUAUGCUCAAGUGAUUCUUCCUCUGGAGUUAACGACAGAAAAAUUCUGGUGUCUCAAUUUUCAAAAUUUAAGAAGUACAAGUGAAGUAACAGUAAUGCCUGUUAAUUAGUGUAAAAACUUAGCAUUGUGUAGAACUUAAUUUCGUUUUCUCAAGUGAAGCGAGCAAGUAAACCAUUCAAGUAAUGUAAAUAUAUUGACUGCUGUGUAGGUGUAAACAAUAUUUAAAGUAAUGUUGACAUGGCAUUUAUUUGCUUUCAUGUAACUUUGUCUUUGGUUAUUUGAGAAAUGAACUUGUUUUAAUGAUUUUUCUAAUAUUAUUUUUUUAUUUGCCUCCUUGUACAGUCAUUGACUGCCCCCCUCCUAAUGUUCUCAUUGUGCAGCAUGAAUAAGUGUGUGAAUGUAAAAAUGAAAACUUAGUACACUUUUUAUCAAUCGUGUAAUGUAUGAUUUAUAAAUAUGGAGCAAUCAAAUUGUAAAAUUGGAUCACUGACAUAUGUAAACAUUUUUAAAAAUUUGAGUAUGCAUUGUAAAGUGUACAGGCAAACAUUUGAACAGAGAGAUAUCCCAAAUUAUUUUUAUUAUUGACUUCAUUUGGACUCUGUAUUAAAGUCAUAUACAGAAAAAGGGAAUUGUUGUUUAGUACAGGUGUCUAUUUAAAGCAUUUACUAUAUGUUAAAUUUAUUUGUGUAAAAGUUCUUCUGAAGCAAGUUAAAUUAGAACCAUUUUCACUUGCUUAUGAUAGUUAUCAGGUACAAUGUAAUUUAUGUUGUUUGUAGAUCAGGAUAAUCCAUGAUUUUCUAUGUGUAAGAUGCUAAUCAUAUAAUUAAUUUAACUAAAACUUAGUAGCUUUUAUAGUAGUAUUAGUAUUUUCUCAUGUUUCUCCUUUAUUCUAUGUUCAGCAUCUUUUUGAAAAUAUACCUGUACACUCUCUUUCAAUUGUGUAGGCAAUUUGUAUAUUUGUUGGAGUCAAUUUUACCUUCUCUGGAAUUAACUCUGUAGAUGCAUUUUCAUUGUGUAAUUAUUUUCAGCUUUGUAAGUACAAAGAAAUUUGCUUUACCUUUGCAUUUGUGGAUUCUGUAAUUUUAAUUUUAAAUUCGGUGUGAUAAACGGUUCCAUUGUAAUUCCUCCUUUUCUGAACAAGGUUAAGUGAAGGUUUGUGCUAAGAAUCUUACCUAAUUCCUAUUUUGGACAUCUGCCUUUUCUCAAGUCUAUUUGUCUGCAGCUUUACAUAUCCCUUCACUUCAUUUACAGUGAAAGGGCUCCUCAACCAUUUUUUCAGUUGAUUGAAUACUGAAGUUUUUGGCUUAUCAGUAUUGAUAAAUUUAUUUGCAUUCAAAGUAUUUGACUGUUCCUAACUCCUCUUAUAUUGGUCCAUUUCCCUGAAAGCAUGUAUAUGGAUAUGUAUAUUUUCAUGUGACUUAAUUGAAAGAAAUCUUGGUUGAUUGGUUUUUUGUGAAAGACAAUUUUUUCAUUCUUGUGGAGCUGCAUGUAUGACUUCCUGUUUUUAAUUUUUCAUUGACACAAUCAGUUCUCCUGUUUGUUGAGCAGGUUUUUUGGACUGAGAGAGCUGUUGUCUUUCACGAAAAAUUACUUAAUCAUUGCAGAUUUUAUCUCUCUUAUUGUAAUAUAAACACAUCUUGAAUCUAUAAUGCUUGUAAUUAUCUUUGUAGAACUUGUAGCUAUGAGGGUGUCUCCCUUGCUCUCCACUAUGUAUUUUCUACAUAUUGUAGUAUAUAUACAUAACUACUUAUUGUAUAUUGGUCUGUAACUGUAACAGCAUUCAUUAUAAUUUAGCUUGAGCAAUGUUUUGUGUUGGAGAACCUACCUAUACACUUGCUAAAAGACAUAUAGUGUGAAACAAAUGUAAUAUUGUAUCAUGAAAGCAGCUCCCAAACUAAUUUCUCAUUCAUAUUAGGGCAUUUUUGGACUUGCUUUUAGGAGGUGUUGUCUUACUGCAAGUUGUUUUAUUUUACUGUUGUAAGUGUCUAGACUUUAAGUCAUAAUAAAUGUUUCUACAGUUUGUGUGGCAUAAAAAGUGGUUAUGAUUGCUGUAUAUACUUCUGUAUUUAGAUUUGUGUGGUAAUUGUCAAAUUUAGAUGAAAUAACUAACUAGAAUGUUUUCCACAAUCACUGUCUAUUGAUAUGUCUAGAACAUGUGUAAUAAAAUCAUGGAACUAAGUUAUAUAUAGUUAUUAAAUCACGUUGUGUCAAGACUGAUGUAAAGUAAAAACUAAACAAAAGCAUAACAAGAACCUAGUAAAUGAUCAGCAUUCAGUUGUUUUUGUGUACCUUUUCUGUUUCUUUAAAAUUGAUUGACAGACAUCAAGCGAACUCAGUAUGCAUCCAAUUUCCCUUGUCCACUUACAGGUAAAAAUGCUUUGCAAAAUGCUAAUUUUGCACUUUUUUCUUUUGUAGGGAGGGAUAUUUGUAAAAAUUAUUUUAUUGUUUUUAUUGUUCAUUCCUAAAUCAUUAAAACAUGCAAAGUAAUCUCUAAGUAAUUUCUUUCCUCUCCCUUAGUGUUACAUUAUUUUUUUUAAGGAAUUGUUGUCUUAGGUGCACAUAGAACAAAUUACUAGAUGUAGCAAAGCACUUGUGAAUAUAUUGUGAACCCAACAGACGUGCUUUCAAUGUUCUGCUUGACCACUUCUACAUUGAUCUUAUGCCAGUGGCUGUCUCAAUUAUAAACAAAGUCCCUAGGUGUCAAUGACUCUGAUUCAUUGUUCCAUAGAACAUGAAAUAAAUAUCUUUGUAUUGCUUA